AUGGACGAGGAGAACCAGAAGCCGAGAUCUCGGGGGUUUCCCACGUUUUUUAUUAGGAAUCACAAAGAAGGCAAACCAUCAGAGAGUUUGGGGGAAAGAAAAGAUGAAGUUAAGGAUGAAAGUGAUGGCACCAGCGGCGAUCUUUCCUCUCGAUGCUUGGAAUGUGACCCAUGUGUUUUAACAAAUGAGCUAAGAAUCUUUGUAGGUACAUGGAACGUUGCUGGAAGAUCUCCAGUAGAAAGCUUGGCCGUAGAUUUGGAUGAGUGGUUGAGUUUCAAGAAUGCUGCAGAUAUAUAUGUUCUAGGGUUUCAAGAGAUUGUGCCGCUGAACGCAUUAGCCGUGAUAGGAACAGAAGACCCAACAGUGGCAACGAGCUGGAACCUGCUUAUAGGAAGAACUUUGAACGAUAAGUAUGGAUGCCCAUGGUUAAAACCCGUGCUAAAUUCAUCAUCCAGUGAAAACUACGUGCACGAAGAGAAUACCAAACAAGAAGAUAGAACGUACACGCUGGUGGCAAGCAAGAAGAUGGUAGGAGUUUUCAUUAGUGUGUGGAUGAGACAGGAAGUGCUCAACAAGUACAGUAUCUCUAAUGUGAGAGCUUGUUCAGUGGCAUGUGGCAUAAUGGGCUAUUUGGGAAACAAAGGUUCCGUGGCAGUUAGCAUGUUGAUCGAAGGAACGAGCUUUUGUUUUGUAGUUGCUCACUUAGCAUCAGGGGAAAAGAAGGGUGAUGAAGGCCGAAGAAAUCACCAGGUUUUGGAAAUUUUUAGGCGGACCUGUUUCCCCACAACUCCUACCCACCAUCAUUAUCCUAGUCCUCUUACCAUCUUAGGCCACGAUCGGAUAUUCUGGUUUGGGGAUCUCAACUAUAGGCUAUACCUGGAGGAUAGUCUUGCCAGACAGCUGCUAAGAAAACAGGACUGGAAAGCGUUGCAUGAACAUGACCAACUCCGAAAAGAACAAGAAGGAGGUAGGGUAUUCGCAGGUUGGAAAGAGGGAAGCUUAGAAUUUGCCCCUACCUAUAAAUACUCGUCCUCGAAUUGCAAUACAUAUUCUGGCGGCCUUCCAAGCACAUCUGGCAAGAAGCAAAGAACUCCAGCGUGGUGUGACCGAAUCUUAUGGUAUGGAAAAGAGAUAAACCAACUUCACUAUUUCCGGAGCGAGAGCAAGUUCUCUGACCACCGCCCAGUUUCUGCGUUGUUCUCUACACAGAUUGAAAUUAGGUCACCCAGCACAGGGCUUGUUGCUUGUUGGAACGAGCCCUCAACCAUAUCGCUCUCAGACCCUGGGAUGAGCAAAGUAGACGAGGAGGGAAAUUCUACAUUAUUGUCAUUGUUAAUGCAAGACGUAGAAGGCUGUUCAUACCAAAACUGUAGAUUACAUGAAUGGUGUCACUCAAGCUUUGCUGAUCAAAACCAUGAUUCAAUCUCCUAAAUUUCUCCUGAUUCAGCUCCGUGGGGAUGAGAGAACUUGGAAGGUUAGAACUAGAUGGGAAGGUACAGAACUGUACUAAUUUUAUCACUACCGAGCAUCAGUAUUUAUCUUACGGCGAGUCAGUUAAUUCGAUUAGGCAUCUUCAUUUGCCACGAGAAGAUCACUGACAGCCUCCACCAACUUCACAAUAGUCCACCAACAAUCACCAAUAUGGAUUCAGAAGGCUGUCAAGCAA